AUGCAAUUUUUAUCACUUUUUUCAGAUGAAUAUUAUCUUCGCUGUUAUUCUGUUAUUAUCAAUAGUCCUGAACGAUAUCAGGACAAAGAUGGGGAAGAUGGAAAUGGUCAUCGUCUUCAUUUUCACAUGAGCAUUGGCGUCGACGACCAUACUGGGGUAGAGGUUGGGGAGGCGGCUGGCCAGGAUACAAUCGAGGCUUCAUCGGUCCAGGUUACUACGGUGGCUUCCAUCCAUAUCAGGCAUACGGAGGCUGGGGAAAGUAACGAAGCCAUUCGACAGCAUGUAUAUAUCAUCUAUUGUGUACCUAUCAUGUAA